GGAAGAAGCUUUCCGUCCCUUUUUGAGUUGUGUGCCAGUAGAAGGGCGGUGUUUAGAAGGGCGGUGUUGCUCUUUUUAGAAAGCUCGAGACAAUCCAGCGACGAAUAGGAGGAGGCAGCUCUGGAUCGAUCCUUCCCGCUUGUGGUGGGUUUGGACGGAGGACAUAGCCGGUUUCACUUUACGGAACAAGAUUAGUUUUCUUUUUAAUUAAUAAAACUACAUCGUUUGUUAUCGGCGUAAGGUGAGCCGAUCCCACGGUAUAAUUUGCCAUAAUUCCCCGUAUAUGAUUUUACCUCAAAUACUAAUUUAAGGUAAGAAUUUGCUUGCUGACGAUAUUUGGUUUGACGGCUGGACAUACACCACCACCUGAUUUCGACCGUCUCCCGCCAUGGUCAUACAGUCGGCACUCUCCCUCUCCUCUCAACCUCUCACCUUUAAAUCUCUCACAGAGAACAAGCCUUCUUUUCCACUCCAUAAGCAUCAUCUCCAUUUCGGAAACCUAGGUUUCUGCUCCGUGAAGCGAAUUCUACAGUCUCGAACUCUCAACAAGUUUCCAAGGUCUGCUUUUCCGUUUGAGUGUCAAGUCUCAGAUGAAAAAGAAGACUAUAAAGAAGAAUACGACGAAGGGGAAUAUGAUGAAUAUGAAGAAGCUGCGGAAGAGUAUGAAGUCAUUUCAGCUGAGGCUUCCGAUGGAAGUGAAGAAAGUGAACACAAUAUCGAAACUGAAGAUUCUAUUGGUGUGGUGGAAGAGGAUCAAUUAAAGUUCGAAGAAUAUAAGUGGCAGAGAGUCGAUAGGGUUUGUAAGGACGUCCGGGAAUUCGGAGAAGAAAUUAUGGAUGUUCACGAACUUGCUUCAAUUUACAAUUUCCGUAUUGAUAAGUUCCAGAGAUUAGCGAUUCAAGCGUUUCUAAGGGGUUCUUCAGUUGUGGUGUCUGCGCCAACAAGUAGUGGCAAGACUUUAAUUGCUGAAGCUGCUGCUGUUGCAACAGUGGCAAGAAGAAAGAGAUUGUUCUACACCACCCCUCUUAAGGCUCUGUCAAACCAGAAAUUUCGCGAAUUCAGGGAGACAUUUGGCGAUAGGAGCGUUGGGCUUCUUACAGGAGAUUCAGCUAUAAAUAAAGAUGCUCAGAUUUUGAUUAUGACUACAGAGAUUUUGCGCAAUAUGUUGUAUAAGAGUGUUGGAAUGCCUUCGUCAGAAAGUGGAAUCGUUCACGUUGAUGUGAUUGUGCUGGAUGAAGUACAUUAUUUAAGUGACAUAUCCCGGGGUACAGUCUGGGAAGAAAUUGUUAUUUAUUGCCCAAAGGAAGUUCAACUUAUAUGUCUAUCGGCAACUGUUUCUAAUUCAGAUGAGUUGGCUGGUUGGAUAGGUCAGAAUUCCUAUCACAGACUUGUCAAGGAGAAGGCAAUUAUGAGGCACUCAAACGCAGUCAAACCAUUUUUAACAGAAAAAGUUUUAGUGCAGGUUACUCAUUUCAGUGACCAAAUUGGCACCAAAACACUAAAAAUUGGCACUCAGUUCAGUAACAUUGGCACCCAAAGACAAAAACUGCGUACACAGAUCAAAAUUAGCACAUUUGGGAACUCCUAAAGCGCUUACCCUUAGUAGUGCCUCGCCUGGUGCGCUUAAGCGCUCACCUUUGUACCUUCAUCCAAACAUUAUGUUAAUAUUAUGAUUUUUUAAAGAUUCAUGGCAGAACAGAGUUGGUGACCUCACCUAAACGGCCAGUUCCAUUGACUUGGCACUUCUCAACAAAAGCAGCUUUACUGCCUCUUCUUGAUGAAAAAGGCACAAGCAUUAACCGGAUCCUGUCAUUCAAAUAUCUACAACUUGAUGAAUUGGGAACUACUGUACACAAGGAUGAAUGGUAUAGGAGGAAGUCUCGAAGGCAUGACUUUGAUGUGCCCCGGGUUGUUGACACAUUAUGGCAACUAAAGGAAAGGGAUAUACUUCCAGCAGUGUGGUUCAUCUUUAGUAGGAAGGGAUGUGAUGCAGCUGUUCAGUAUCUUGAAAACUGUAAGCUACUAGAUGAGCGUGAAGUGUGUGAAGUUGAUCUCGCCUUGAAAAGAUUCCGUGUUCAAUACCCUGAUGCAGUGAGGGAUUCCUCUGUGAAGGGUCUUCGACAAGGGUUGGCUGCACAUCAUGCUGGCUGUCUUCCUUUGUGGAAGUCAUUUAUUGAAGAGCUAUUUCAGCGAGGACUUGUUAAGGUUGUCUUUGCAACUGAGACACUUGCUGCUGGAAUUAACAUGCCUGCCCGAACAGCAGUUAUUUCAUCUCUCAGCAAGAGGGCUGAAAGUGGACGUGUUUCAUUAAGCUCAAAUGAGUUGUUCCAAAUGGCUGGCCGAGCUGGCCGUAGGGGUAUUGAUGAAAUGGGUCACGUAAUCAUUGUUCAAUCCCCGUACGAAGGUCCUGAAGAGGGCUGCAAACUUCUGUCUUCUGGGCUUCAACCCCUUGUCUCACAAUUUACGGCUUCUUAUGGAAUGGUGCUAAAUCUUCUAGCAGGGACGAAGGUCACACAUGGAUCAACUGAGUCAGAUGGGCUUAAAACUUCACGAGGAGGACGCACUCUCGAAGAAGCAAAAAAAUUAAUUGAACAGAGUUUUGGAAAUUAUGUUGGGAGCAAUGUGAUGGUUGCAGCCAAAGACGAGCUUUCUAGAAUAGGAAAGGAGAUUGAGAUACUCUCUUCAGAAAUAAGUGAUGAAGCAAUUGAUAGAAAGAGCCAGAAGCUCCUGUCACGAUUGGCUCAUGAGGAGAUUUCCAAUCUUCAGGAAGAAUUAAAAGCUGAAAAACGCUUGCGUACUACACUGCGAAGAAGAAUGGAAAUGGAAAGAAUGCUUUCUUUGAAGCCUUUGUUGAAGGAGCUUCAGGACGGCCAUCUACCAUUUGUUUGUUUGCAGUACAAUGGUGCAGAUGGAGUUCAAUAUUUAGUUGCCUCUGUGUAUUUGGGAAGUCUUGAUUUGCUUACUGCUCCAAAACUUAAGAAUUUGGUUAACUGCUCUGAUAUGUUUGCUCUAAAUAUAGAAGCAGAAAGUAAUGAAUAUGACGGAGGUGAAAGUGAAGAUAAUUUUAAGCCAUGCUACCAUGUGGCUCUUGGCUCAGAUAACUCUUGGUAUCUUUUCACCGAAAAGUGGAUUAAAACAGUCUACAGGACAGGCUUCCCAAAUGUUGCUUUAGCUCAAAGUGAUGCUUUGCCUCGUAAUAUUAUGACAGAACUUGUCGAGAAGGGGGCUAUGCAAUGGCAGAAGCUGACAGAGUCCGAGUUUGGAGGUUUGUGGUGCAUGGAGGGAUCUUUAGAGACAUGGUCUUGGAGUUUGAAUGUGCCAGUUUUGAGUACACUUUCUGAGGAUGAUGAGGCCAUCAAAUUUUCUCAAGCAUACAAUGAGGCAUUAGAAAGCUAUAGUGACCAAAGAAAUAAAGUUUCUCAUCUAAAGAAAAGGAUAUCACGAUCAGAAGGAUUUAAAGAGUUCAAGAAGAUCAAAGAUAUGGUUAGAUUCACGGAGGAGAAAAUUCGAAGGUUGAAGGUCAGAUCAAAUCGCUUAAGGAAGCGGGUUGAACAGAUUGAGCCGAUUGGGUGGAAAGACUUUAUACAGGUCAGCAAUGUAAUUCAUGGAAGCAGGGCAUUGGAUAUCAAUACAUUUGUAACAUUUCCACUUGGUGAAACAGCAGCAGCAAUUCGAGGAGAAAAUGAGCUCUGGUUUGCCAUGGUUCUUCGAAGUAAAUUGUUGCUAAGCAUGAAACCUGCACAACUUGCUGCUGUCUGUGGAAGUCUAGUUUCAGAAGGGAUAAAACUCAGGCCUUCAAAAAGCAACAGUUACAUAUAUGAACCUUCUGCCAUUGUCUUGGAUGUCAUCAACUUAUUAGAAGAACAAAGAAUCACAUUUGUAGAACUUCAAGAGAAGCAUGGGGUAAAUAUAUCUUGCUGCUUGGAUAGCCAAUUUUCUGGCAUGGUUGAAGCUUGGGCCUCUGGUUUAAACUGGAGGGAGAUUAUGAUAGACUCUGCUAUGGAUGAAGGAGACCUUGCCCGCCUUUUACGAAGAACGAUUGAUUUAUUGGCUCAG